AUGGAUUCUCUUGUUGAAGCGUCGUGGUCUGAGUUCGCUCAAAACGUGUCCGGAGAAUGGGAUGGUUUCGGAGCAGAUUUUCCUGGCGAUGGAGGAAAGCCGCUUGAGCUACCGGAAUCAGUGGUUCCAGAGGCGUACAAAGAAUGGGAAGUGAAGGUGUUCGAUUGGCAGACGCAAUGCCCCACUCUCGCCGUCGCCGACGCACAAUCCUUCCUUUACAAGUCUAUCAAACUUUACCCAACCGUUGGAUGCGAAGCUGAUUUACCCACCCGUUACUCCGUCGACGAGAGAAGCAUCGCAACCGCAUCAGCAUUCUCUUACUCUGUCUCUGGCUCCUAUGUCGCUCUCUGGCCUCUUGGGGAAAACCAGCUCGAGGUUGAGCAUUGUCUGUUCAAUCCAAACGACAAGGAGUCUCGUGUUAGGGUUUUCCAGGUCAUCCGCUUAGCGGAUUCGUCGUCGGAGAUGUUGUUGCAGAGUGUUAGAGUUUUCCGUGAGCUCUGGUACGGUCCGUUCAGAGAUGGAGAUCAGCUCGGAAGCUGUGCCAUCCGUAGCUCUGCUUUUGCUUCUACACCUGCCACGUCAGCUUCAGUGGUUGCUGGUUCUUGGAGAGCUCUUCUUGCCACCACUAGCUUUCACGCUUCUGAGGGUUGUUGUGUUCAGCAAGUUGCUGGCGAGAAGGUGGUUGAUGUCGUAAGAGAAGAGAAACAUCUUUUGUUGCUUCCGAAAGAUUUGUGGUGCUCACUACAACAAGGAAGAGACGGAGAAAGAGAAUUUUCAGUAGGAUGGUUGUUUGAGACAGGACAUGCUGUUACAUCCACUUGUGUCUUCUCUAGUGAUUCUAAGCUUAAGGAGGUAACAAUGGGAAGAGAGACUGCUCGAUCACAUGUAUAA